GUGGAAAGCUACUUAAUGGUCAGCUGUCUGGGUUCUCAUUGGCUGAUGGAGAGGACAGUUGUGUUGCUAUGUCUCACAGACUAACCAAGGAUCAGCUGGAUGAACAGUUUGAGCUGUUCUUGAAAGAGUCUGUUUCAGAUGAAUCUGAGAAGCAGCUGGGUGCUAACAGCAGCCAGACAUCGGCCCGGAAACCAAAAGCGUCCUGGCGGCCGGAUGAGGAACCCAGCGGGGGGGGAGCAGUGAGAGGACUGCUGGGAUUUGGGAAAACUUUCCGGAAGUCUCUGAGGAAGCCUGUUGAAGAGGAGGAGGAUGAUCCAGGAGACGCUGGUUUGAAGGAAGUCAGUCCUGAAUCAGCCCUUAUCAGCUGUGCCAAUGCUGAGCUAGAGGACUCACUGAUGGUACCAGCUGGGAACAUGACAGUUAUUGGCUUGGACACCAUAGAAGAAGAACAGGAGAAGGCCAGGUUCUUUGCCCAAAUUGAGGCGGGGGCUUUAUCCACUAUAGAUUACUCCAAGCUGAACAGAGCGCUGGACUCAACAAGCUCUACCCUCGCUACUCACCACAGGGAAGCUGAUGCAGAGGGGAAGCAGAGUGAAGAUCAGAGGAGAGUCACAGAGAUCAGCAGGGAGUCUCCAGCCCUUACAGGAUCUCCACAUUACAGUGAGGAUUUUGAGGAAGAGGAAAACGAGAAAGAGCCGCUGGAGGAGAAACCGAAGAUGUCUUCAAUUCUUGCCAAAGUUUCUCUGCAUGAUUCCCUGGAUGACACAGAAGACAGAAGAAAGGACUCAGCAGGGUCACUGGACAGAGGGCGGGCCUACGUGCAGAGUGGAGGCUCAGAGAUGGAGGCUGUCCAUGAGGCCUACAGGCAGAUCCAGGUUGUGGAGGUUUCAGAGGACCAUCAUCUCCAUUAUUCUUCUCUGGAAGGGAGGGUGGGCAUCACCAUCACCCCCCUUCCUCAACACAAGCAGUCUCUUCAGCCAGCUGAUACCAAUGAGUCAGAGCUCCCCACAGCAGAGGAGUUGAUGAGACCCAUCCGUCCGGAGCAGGAUGAUGUCAGAGGCUUCACCCUCCAGCCUGUCAGUGCUGUGGGAUUCAUACAAGAGCAGACAUCCUGCUCCUUUCUAAAGACUUCUCCAGAGUCCCUACUCAAGAGACAAGGACAGACUGACCCUGUUCCAGAGAUAAAUGGAGGCACAGGAUUGGCUAGCCUCCUGUCCAGCUCUCCAGACCCCCCCAACAAGACGUGGAGCAUCAGACAGGAAGUAGAGAGGCUGAUUCAGGAUGAGAACAAAUAUUCUGCUGACACGUCCUCUCGGGGCGGUAGAGCUAAGAAUCAACAGGCGUCCCAUGGCUCCAUUGUUUCUCUUUCCUCUACAUCUUCAGUGAGGAAGCUCGCUGUGGCUCCUGUGAGAGGCAGGAGGGUGGAGGGGAGGACAGGGGGGGGGGCCUGCAGAGCUGCAGCCAAAACCCAGACCUCUGUCCCCCGUCCUCUGCAGCGUCCGCAAGAAAAAGCCAAAUCCUCAAAGAACCAACUAAAAGACGACCACACAGAUCCUGGUGUGAGGGUGAGCAGUGAGUUAGUAGCCUCUGUUCAGUCCUUGGUGGCCGUCCUCCAGCAGCAGAUACACACUGGCAGUCACCAAGAGGCUACACACACACAGGAAGUCAGAAGUCCUCAAGAAACCGGACUGACACAUCAUCUUCCAAACAAAAACAGGGAGGAGGAGCUGAAGAUGCAGCUGGCUCAGAAAGAGAGGAAGCUGCAGCUGAUGAAGGAAGGAGCAGAGGAGAUCACCUCACUGAAGCAGCAGAACUACCUCCUGCAGAGCAAGCUGCGAAGUGCAGAAGACGAAGGUCAGAAGAAGAAACGAGCGGAGGCCUCUGACUCUGCCUCUGGGGAAAAGCUCCAACAGCUUGACAGAGAAAUGAAAGAGCAGGAGACGCUCAUCAAAGGAUAUCAGCAGGAGAAUGAGAAGCUGUACCUGCAGAUGAAGGCUCAGCAGGCGCAGAGUAAAUCCAACGAGGAGGCCAUGUUCAAUGAAAACCAGAGGCUGCUCAACGAGCUGGCCUUCACUAGGGAGGAGAUGAAAAAUACCUCCAGGACUGUUGGAAAUGUGUGUUUGAUGGAUCACACUCAGCGCAUUACUGACUUGUUAGCUCAAAAUAAUACAUUUCAGAGGAAUGAAGACACACUGUGCGAGGAUGUCCGCAGAGUGAAGCAGGAGAAGCAGGCUCUGGAGGUGGACCUGCAGCUGAUGAAGAAAGAGAGGGACCUCGCUAAAGCUCAGGCCGUGUCUGCCUCAGGUGAUAAGCCCUUUGAUAUGCGCGUGUUGGAGGAGAAGCACAGAGAGGAGAUGUCGUCCCUGAGCAAAAAGCUGCAGUGGUUUGCAGAAAACCAGGAGCUGCUGGAUCGAGACGCUGGCAGACUGAAGGCUGCUACCACUCAGAUUCACCAACUCAAAGAGCAGGUAGAAAAACUGAAGAGUGAUGUGGGCAAAAGAAGCAGCGAGGCGCAGACAAAGACCAAAGAGAAAGUAGUGGAAACUAAGAGGAUGCAGGACCUGCAGCGACAGGUGAAGGAGCUGGAGCAGAUACUGAGGCGUAGAAACCCAAACUCCCUGCCGGCUCUGAUCUACGCUGCAGCCACAGCUGGAGGGGCAGAAGAGGGGGCUAAUGGGACGUCCCCCCCCAGCAGAAUCAGUGCUCUGCAGGAGCGCAGGAUCCAGCGCCUUGAGGCCGAGCUGGAGGGCCACGAUGAGGGGGCCAAACGCAGCCUGAGGGCCAUGGAGCAGCAGUUCCUCAGGAUCAAGCUGCGCUAUGAGCAGCAGAUCUCACAGCUGGAGCAGCAGCUGGAACCCAAACUGCAGCUGGACAGUGGAGAGUCAGCAGAGGGGGCGGAGCUGUGGAGGUCUCAGGUUCAAACCCUGCAGACAGAGCUGCAGCAGGUGAAGCAGAGCCAUCAGGAGGGAGUGAAGUCUCUCCAGGAGCAGAUAGAGUCCCUGCAGCAGCAGCUCAAACACAAGCCUCAGCCCAGUCCGGGGCGGCACCAGCGCCAGGCCGAGGCAGCCUCUGGGCUCCGGAUCGAGCGUCUGAACAAAGACCUGGCCCUGAAGACCCAGAGCGUCCAGGAGCUGAGCCGCACUGUGGACCGGCUGCAGAGGGAGAGGAGCCGCAUGCUGUCUGCCCCCCCCCCAGCAGAGAGCAAACGACCCGCAGCUAAAAGCCUCAGUUCUGCUGCUGGGGGGGAGACCGGUGGGGGGGAAACCUUUCCAGCUGCUCAGUAUGAGAAGACCUACCAGCCCACUGUGUUCACAGGCUGCCACAUUUCAGAGGUGGUGCAGGAGAGCGAGGCUCUGAGGCAGCAGGUGGAGCAGCUGAAGCUGCAGAGGGAGGGGCUGACUGCACAGGCUGAACUCGCUGAGGAGGAGCUGAGCAGGGUGAAGCAGCAGGGUGCAGAGCAGCUGAGCUCCAUGAAGGCGGAGCAGCUCCGGGCUCUGGACACGCUGCGGGUCGGCUAUGCCCUGGAACACUCUUCUUCACGGGUGGCUGAGCUGACCAAUCAGCUACACACUCAGGAGGUGACGGUGAAACACCUGAAAGAGCAGCUGCAGGAGCUGCAGGGAGCCAAAGAUGCUCUCACUGUCUCCAGGACCAGAGAGGACGCUCUGCAGAAACAGCUGAGCAGACUGCUGAAGGAUCUGAAGGAAGCUAAAGAGGCUCAGAGCCCCGAGGGGAAGCUGCUCAGCGGUCUGGAGAGGAAGAUCCUCGACAUGGAGCUGCGGCACCAGAGCAGAGAGAGGAAGCUGCAGCAGGUGAUCGGGGGCUCCUGGCAGACCCUGGACUCUGGUCAGCAGACGGAGGUGGAGGGCUGGAAGCAGCUGGCUCAGCAGAAGAGCAGAGAGGUGGAGGCCUUCCGUCUGGAGCUGGACUCCAUCCUGGACAUCCUGAGACACCUGCAGAGACAGGGGGUGGUCCUCCCUCCCCCCCCCUCACCUCUCAGCAUUACAAUGAGUUCAGAUGACAACAUUCGAUGCACAUAUCAGAGACAGACAAUGCGUACUAGGAGCAAUGCUUUAAUACAAAUAAAUAAAAGAGUAAAUGAAUAAAGAUACUCAGGUGUUGUUGGGAUUUAGAGUCGGAUACAUUUCAAACUGAGUCUGUAAACAAAAGAACACAGAAUGUAUUUUUACACAAACUGAACCUGUUUUUGAUUGUUGUGUAUAUUUUGUAGCUAGUUUCUAUUUUUUUUAAUUUAAAUUAUUGGAACAUAUUUAAGAUACAAAUAAAUGGUUCUGUUAAUACUGCACCAAAAAACGUACAUGGAUAUUUAUGAAGGAUUUGCUCGCUUUUGGAUGCUUAACCAUCAAAUCACAUAUUAGAAUUGUGUUUGUCUUUAUGCACAUCACCAAAUGGGAAACCAAGUUAGAUCUGUAUCUGCCAGGAAAGGAAGAGCCCUCAAAAGCUUUGCAGGGUUUAAUGGUGAGAAUGUCUGACUCAAACUUCACUGUUAUUUCAACCAGAGGACAUUCUAGGCUAACACAAUUCAAACAUACAGAGAAUGCUGACCUUCAGUGCGUCAGAACUGUAGUUCACCGCAGGAUGGACAUCAUGGGGACACCAGGAGACACGAGGAGACACAGGAGCUGAGGUCAGAUUAUCUGCUCAUUCCUCUCUUCUUUUUUUCAUUUCAGUCCCAAACACUGGGAGGGUUACUUUAAUAAUGUUAUAUGGUUCAAUUACUUCAUUUUAUUUUAUUCAGUAACCUAUUCUGUGAAUCAAAAAGUAAUUUAACCUGAUAACUUUGGUUCAUUUUGGAUUACCCCAAUAUCAAAUGCAAUACAAAUAAAUACAAUAGAAAGUAAGUAUGAAUAAGAUGUUUUUGCUCAAGUGUUUUAUGUAAGACAACAGAGCAAUGUGACCGUAGAAGAAACCAAGAUAUUUAGGAAUGUUUCCUCUGGAAACCUGCCUUUCAAACAGCAUAAUGCGAACAACACAUAAUGCUGUUUCGAAGCAAAAAUAAUGUCCCUUUUUUUAGUAACAUUAUAAUCAGUGAAAUCUGAGUACAUAUUUUUUUAAUGUAACUAAGGGAAUACAGUUACCCUUUUUUGUAUUCUGGUUGAUUUUCCUGUUCAUGAUGAUGUAUUAGCUUGAAUUGAUCUGUGUUAUGAUCUUGUAAUAUAUCCAGAGGCUCUCUGCUGAACCAUUGAUCUGAAAAUGUCUCUGUUCCCUAGCUCUGCUUAUAGCGUCGGCAAUACAACCUAAACAGAGUUUGGGUUGUAUUAGCAGUUUCUGAGAGUUGUACAUGUAUUCUAAUAGUGUUAAUCUGACUGUAUAGUAUUAUAUAUGAAUACUAUAUGAAUUUGGAACGGCGACAUGGUGUCUUCUGUUCUGGUGUUAAUAUGUUACACUCUAGUCUUAAGACAUAUAUUCUAACAUCAUAGAGUUAAUAAUGUAAACACUUUUCCAGUGGUUCCCAUACAAAGUGUUAGUUUCAACUCUGGGUGUUACAUUUGCGAUUUCAAAUUUGCUGUAGGUGAGUAGGUAACCUAAAAUGAAUUGUUUCUGCAUAAAGACAUAUUGGAGCAUAGAAAUAAAGCAACAGGGAAUAAUCUGA